AAUGGCUGCCGGUUUGGUGGAUUAGUUAUGUCUAUAUUGAAAUGUAUCACUAAUGUCUUUGUGUUGGUUAUAAGUUCUUUGCUGUUUGGAGAAAAGAAAUCUAAUAUUUCUGAGGAAUCUCUACAUCCGACAGAUCGAAAUAAUUAUUCCCAGAGUAUUAUACUUGCUCGUGCAGACCGCCACUAGUUUGCUCAUUCGUUAUUUUUGCCAUUGUUUUACCUAAAUGGCUUAGAUUCCUCUCUGCUAUGAUCAGUUAAUGUUUUGUGUUGUCUGUUAAUAAUCUUCUCACGUUUCUACAUCUGACUGCACCAAAUCAUGAAGAAAUAUAUAAGAAAAACAAAUUCCUCACCAAAGAUACAUCAAGGAAUCAAUGAAGAAUAAGAAGGACUGAGCAAUGACAUUGUCAAGAUCUACAACUUCAGUUAUAUAAUAACCUUGAAGUAAUUCAUGAAAUUAUACAAGAAUUAUCUUUGUAUUUAACAAACAACUAACGACAACAUGGAGGAGACUUUACGUGAAAAUCUUGUUCCUUCUACUGAAAUAAAAACCGAGAGUAAAGAUUUAUCCCAUGAAAUGCAAUUAAAUAUCACAAAGAAAUUCUACACCUGUGAAGUAUGUUUACUUAUAUUCUCUGAUAUAGAAAGUUUGACUAAUCACAAAUAUAUCCACACAGAUAAAAAAACAUAUCACUGUGAUAUCUGUGGUAAAGUGUUUACAGUCCGUUCAAAAUUGACUCGUCAUAAACUCACUCACACGGGGGAUAAACCAUAUCAGUGUAGUGUCUGUGCUAAGACUUUCUCACAGAAGAAUAAUUUAUCUCGUCACGAAUAUACACACUUAAAAGAAAAACCAUGCCAAUGUGAUAUAUGUGGUAAAAUAUUCUCUAAGAAUUCAAAAUUAGCUCGUCAUAAAUGUACACAUACAAAUGAGAAAGUAUACCGCUGUGAUAUCUGUGGCAAAACAUUUUCAAACAUAGCUAAUUUAACUAAUCACAAACAUACUCACAUUGCAGAAAAACCAUUUCAGUGUGAUAUCUGUGGUAAAAUAUUCUCAACAAUUGGAACUUUAUCUUCUCAUAAACGUAUCCAUUCAGAUGAAAAACCUUAUCAUUGUGAUGUCUGUGGCAAAGCCUUCAAAGUACUUAGAAAAUUAACUGCUCAUAAACGUAUUCAUACUGAUGACAAGCCAUACCUUUGUGAUAUCUGUGGUAAGACAUUUACUACAAAUAGAACAUUGACUGUCCAUAAACGUCUUCAUGUUGAUGAAAAACUCCAUGAUUGUGAUGUCUGUGGGAAAACGUUUUCUAAAAGCAAAAUAUUAACCAUCCAUAAGCGUAUUCACAUGGAUGAGAAACCAUACCACUGUGAUGUCUGUGGUAAAGCAUUUUCUCAAAAUGGAUAUUUAACUUACCAUAAGCUGAUUCACACAGGAGAAAAACCAUACCACUGUGCUAUUUGUAGCAAAACAUUUUCUCGGAAUGAUUACUUGAAACGUCAUGUACGUACUCAUACAGGAGAAAAACCAUAUGAAUGUGAUAUCUGUGGUAAAAGAUUCUCUGGAAGUGCAAAUCUAUCUUGUCAUAAACGUAUACAUACAGGUAGUAAACCAUACCAUUGCGAUAUCUGUGGUAAAACAUUCUCAACAACUGGAAAUUUAUCUUGUCAUAAGCGUAUUCAUUCAAACGAAAAACCAUAUCAGUGUGAUAUCUGUAAUAAAACAUUCUCUCAGAGUGGGCAUUUAAGUAAUCACCGAAAUAUUCACACGGGGGAGAAACCAUACCAGUGUGAUAUCUGUGGUAAAAGAUUUGCGGUAAGUGGAGAUUUGUCUCGUCACAGACGUAUUCACACUGUUGAGAAACCUUACCAGUGUGAUGUCUGUUUUAAGAAAUUCAGUGUUAGUGAAAAUUUAACUUCUCAUAAACUUAUCCACACAGAGAAAGCACACCAGUGUGACAUCUGUAAUAAAUUAUUUGCCAGAAAGAGAUAUUUAGUUCGGCACAAACAUAUUCAUACUGGUGUGAAGCCAUACCGCUGUGAUGUCUGUUCUAAGACAUUCUCUCGGAAGGAAUAUUUGACACAUCACAAACGUAUUCAUAAUGGAGAGGAAGCAUAUCAUUGUGAUAAAUGUGGCAAAACAUUCUCAGAGAAUUCUGAAUUAAAUUAUCACAAAUGUAUUCGCAAGAGUGACAAAUCACACCGUUGCAGUGUUUGUGGUAAAACUUUCACUCAGAAUUUGGUCUUAACUAUUCAUAAACGUACUCACACAGGUGAGAAACCAUACCACUGUGAUAUCUGUGGUAAAAAAUUCUUGAUAAGUGGAAGUUUGUCAUCUCAUAAACGUGUUCAUUCAGAGUGGAACCCAUAUGAGUAUGAUACCUCUGGUAAAACAUUUUCUGAAAACAAGCUUCUAACCAAUCACCAAAGUAUUCAUGGACGUGUAAAACAAUAUCGCUAUGAUAGCUAUGGAAAAGAAUUGUAUCAGAGUGGAGAUUUAGCUUACAAUAAACAUAUUGACGCUGGUGAAAAACUCUACCAGUCUAAUAUCUUUGGUAAAGAACUCACUGUAAAUGAAAAUUUAACUUCUCAUAAGAAUAUUUAUGCUGGUGAGAAACUGCAUCAGUGUGAUAUCUGUGGUAAAGUAUUUGCACUGAAGAGAUAUUUAAUAGUUCACAAAUGUAUUUUCACAGGUGAGAAACCAUACCACUGUGACAUGUGUGGUAGGACUUUCUCUCGAAAUGAAUAUUUAACACUUCACAAACGUCUUCACACAGGAGAUAAGCCAUAUCAGUGUGAUAUCUGUGCUAAAACAUUCUCUGCGAAUAUAAUUUUAACUUGUCAUAGACGUUUUCACACAGGAGAGAAACCACGCCGUUGCGAUAUCUGUACUAAAAGAUUCUGGUUUAAAGCUACUUUAAAUAGGCACCAGCGCACUCACUUACCAAAAAUAUCCUUCUAGUCAUCUUCCAUAAAAAUCAUGUGGUUUACACGCAGCUGUGUUCCACUGGUAAAGAACUCUGCCAAGUAUACUUAGAACACAUCCUCUACCAACACCACUGGAAGGUAUUAUGAGCUUUAGCACUGCCAUUGAGAUUAAAAAAAAAUCAAACAAUACCUUUGUGUUCUUUGUGCUCUAUUGCUUCACAAAACUACUGUAGAGUCUUUUGGGUCUGUGCCCAGAGUGUCGCAACUUCUUGGAAUCUUCCACUCUACCAUUCCUCCAGCAAGGACUUCCUCUGUUGGCAACACAUCUGUUGUGAAAACUUCCCCAUUUGCCAUGCACUUAGCUUCCAACUGACCGAAACUCACUACAAACCUUUCUUCUGAAUGCUUCUGUUAUCAUCAACACACUGUCAUGACGAAACUAGAAAAUACCUAUCCUGUGGAGUUUAUGUGUUAUCACAUCUGUUGAAGUAGAAGACCAGGGUCCCUUUUUCAGACAUAAGAGAUUGUUAAAAAGCCUACAAAGCUGCAGCUUAGAUUGCAACAAGGACCUUCUUUAUAGAAUACAAAGAUUGUAAGAAUCCAACUAAGUAUCAGGGAACAACGAUGUCUCAAUACAACACAACGUUCUUAUGUUGGACACUAAAUAUGAUUAUGACUAGGGUCAAAACCCCUUUGGUCAUAAAUGACCAUGGGAUUGCACCUAGAAAGCUCCCUUCGGAAGCACAAGUCUGGGAAAGGUUAUUUAUGGAAGAUCAACAGUCACUCAUGCAUACCAGCCUCCUCUCUCCAUGCCACUGACGUUAUCAUAGGGAAAGGCAAAAGUCGAUACAGCUUGGCACCAGUGACAUCACAACUCAUUUCUACAGCUGAGUGAACUGGAGCAAUGUGAAAUAAAGCGUCUUGCUCAAGAACACAACACAGCCUGGUUCAAGAAUUGAACUCACUACCUCAUGAUUAUGAGCCUGACGCUCUAACCACUGGGCCAUGCUCCUUCACAUGACUGUGACUAGUGCUUGGGUAUUCAUCAAGUUGAGUCUAUCAGUACGAUUUGGGCUGUCAUGACAGACUUCAUGCAGCAGAAAAUAAGUGUCGUUGGGUUAGGGUUACUUUUGCUGUUGAAGGCUUUCACUGGAAGGGACACCAGCUUGUUACAAGGGGAUCUUCCAGCUAUUGUUAGUACUCAUUUACAUAUGAGCAAACUGGAGCAAUGGAAAAGGAAGUUCUUUACUUAAGGACACGGCACCACCUCCUCCAGGAACUGAAACCACAAUCUUAUGAUUUUGAGCCUUGCAUGCUAACCACUGGGACCCAUACCUUUAGUUAGUAUUUGUUAACCACUGUACAUUGUGUGAGAAGAUCAAAGUUUAUCCCUGUCUCCAGAGGGAUAUAUUUACCCUGAUGGGAUAUGACCCAUCCCCUCUGGAAUAGGAGAGGCAAGAUGAUAUAAGACUAUCUGAUACAUAUUUAGUUCUGCAACCCUGGGACUAUAUCCUAUUAGCCAGCCUUCUCACUUGAAACGAGUGAAGUAAAUGGAUUAACAGGUGUGGUGUAUCUCAACAUACAAAACUUUAUUAUGACUAAUUUAUUCAGUCUAAGGUUACACCAUCAGAGGUUUAGGAAACAACUAAUUACUGGUGAAAGUCUGGUCGUCUUUUCCAUGUGGAAAAAUAUUUAAGCUUCACAGUAACAGCUAUGCAUAGAAUCAAAAUGUAACCUUAACCCAUAUAUGCCCAUAAAAAAUUUCACUGUAUUUAGAUUAAACGUUAUAGUAAGCUUUCACAAUCUGGAAGAGAAGGACAAUAUGGAACUGUUAGCUACGGGUGUCGACUACCAACUGAACAUUUCGUGUGCUGAGUCAGAUGCUUCCCGGCGAGUUCAUAUCCAACACAAGUAGGAGCAGGUUUUGCAUUGCGAAAAUGCAACCAGGGGUAUAUGUUGGUUAAUGAUGAAACAACUAUCUCUGGUUCACUGGAACCAUUGGAACUAUUUCAAAUUAUUCUCAAAAAGAAGAGCUGAAUUUGUUUACUUCUGGACUGAGGAUAAAUGAGUACCAAAUUCCAUAUUGGAACAAAAUAGGGCACCACUUUCAAAAAUACUAAAUCAUUUCUCAUCUGCAACAAAAAAACAAAAGACUGAAGUCUGGUUUGAUUCAUUUUGCUUUUAUAUUAAUUUAGAGGAGAACUUGUUGUACAAAAAUUAGCAAAGCUAGUAGAAUGAUUAGAUGGUUCAAUGGACAGCAUUGUUAUUUUGAUUACCAUCAAGAACGAAGCCCUAAUCUUGACAGACUUUACUGUGGGAGUCAUCUUAACCCUUUUGUUGCCAUAUUUCUGUUGAAAUAUCCUGUCUUUGUUUCAAUUAAUUUUGAAAAUAAUUUAGUAAAGUAUUUUUGUCAUUAUUAAGCUGUUGUUUGGAAUGUAAAGUAACAUGAAAUUUUGAUGGAAGCUUUUAAUUAAGAUCAUUUUCUUUUGAAUGAGAAUUUUGUUAUCACAGAUUCAGGAAUGGUCUCAGGCAGGUACCUAAAGGGUUAAUGAUUUACUCUUUGAAACAAAGGAACAACCAAAAAGACAUUUUAUUCAUGUAUUAAAUGGGCUUAGCUAUUAACUCUGCUAAUUAGCCAUCUCAUGUAGCUUCAAUUAUUGUAAAAAAAACCCAAAAAACUAAAAAAACGAUGAAAAUGUUAUUUCUAAAGAUAGUUGUUAAUAGUCCCCCAAAUUAUAAUCUUAUUAAAGUAGUUUUUCAUUCAGAAUCAUUCUUGAGGCACAUCUUUUAUCAGUUCUCUUUUACUUUGUUUUAGUCAUUGGACUGUGGCCAUGCUGGGGCACCACCUCGAAGGGUUUAGUCAAACAAAUUAACCCCAGUUUAUAAUUUUUUGUUUAUAAAGUCUGGGACUUAUUCUAUUUGUCUCUUUUGCCAAACAGCUAAUGUUACAGGGAUGUAAACAAACAAACACUGGUUGUCAAGUGGCAGUGUGGGACCAAACAUAGUUGCACG